AUGACAGUCCAAAAUGGCGAAUAGUGAUUGUCUUGUGCGAAAGCAACUUUCAGACUAAGUGCUAUGUUUUCUUUAAAUUUAUUGGAGUUAAAUGCAUUCUAGUUGACGUCAUUUGCCAGUAAAGAAAACUGAUAUUUUCAAGAGAUUUUACUUGAACGUAGAAAAGAAUGGAACCUUUGGGAGCUCGUGACGAUGUGAUUAAUAUUGAUUCAUUGACAAGAUGGAAUCUUACAUUACUUCCAGAAGCAAGUGAACGCCAGAAUGAGAAUGAAAGGGAACAGUCUCCUUUCACAUGGAGGAAUGACCUUAAUUCAAAAAUUAUUUUAUGCUCUUGUAACAUCACACGACUUAGUGCUCAUGCCAUUGUCCAUUCUUGCAAUGAGCAUCUCAAUGAUAGAAACCCUAUUAGUGAUGAAAUAUUUCGUCAAGGAGGACCAGGCCUACUUAAAGAAGUGAGAGAAGACAUAAAAGUCUGCAAGACAGGAGAAGCAAAACUGACUAAGGGCUAUAAUCUUCCAGCAAGAUAUGUUAUUCAUACAGUGGGUCCCCGCUACAAUCUUAAGUACAUCACAGCAGCAGAAAGUGCUCUUUUUAGCUGCUACAGGAAUACUCUUCAGCUGUGCAGGGAAAAUGGAAUUCGAUCACUGGGGCUGUCUUGUAUUCACACUUUGGGCAGAGGUUAUCCCCCCGAGGGUGGAGCACACAUAGCAUUACGAACAGUGAGAAGGUUCCUGGAAAAAUACCCUGACACACUAGACACUUUAUUAUUUGUUUGCACAGACGACAAUCUGGAGGUGUACCGGAGACUGCUUCCUCUCUACUUCCCUCGCAGUAUCAAGGAGGAAGAGGAGUCCAUACCUAAAUUGCCAAAGGAUAUUGGGAAUGAGGAUGGCGAGCCCAUCAUAGAGGAGCGACAAAUUCGCAUCAUAGACAAGCCCACUUUUGCUGCCUACAGAUCAGAAGGUAUAAAGGAUUUUGAUGAGACUAUUGACCUGAAUGAACGAUUUAUGACAUCUGGAGCUGUUGAUGUUGGGCAUCAUCCUUUUGCCAGCAUGGAGGAGAACCCUGAUAAAAAUAAAACAAAGGUCCUACAGGGAAUUUCAACUGAGGAAUAUCGCCGAGCAGAGACUAGGCGCAGGUAUGAGGCCCUCCUGGAAAAAGCACGUAAAGAAGAUUUGACCGAUAUUGCUGCCUUCAGGUGUCUUUAUCGUAGCGGAGUGGACCGUCAAGGUCGACCGGUCAUAGUCUUUGUUGGAAAAAAUUUCUCAGCCAUUAACACCGACCCUGAGAGGGCCUUGUUGUACAUGAUCAAGGUAAUGGAGGCCAUUGUUGACGGACCUUAUGUGGUGGUGUACUUUCACACCCUGACUUCUCGUGCUAAUCACCCUCCCAUGAGCUACAUGAAGCUUGCCUACAGUGUAUUAGACCAUCGAUACAAAAAGAACCUGAAAUCAUUUUAUAUCAUACAUCCAACUCUGUGGUCUAAAUUUGCCACAUGGUUUUUCACCACCUUUACAGCUUCAGACAUCAAGCGUAAAGUCCACAGUCUUAAUGGUGUUCAGUAUUUGUACACAAAGAUAAACCCAGACCAGCUGGAUAUACCACAGUUCAUUCAUGAGUAUGAUAUCAGGAUUAAUGGACCUCGCUAUUUUGUUCCAGAACCAGAGAGUGUGGAUGAAUUGUGAGGAUAGGCAAAGCACACGUUGUUUCACAUUCAAACCAUUAUCCUCUUUGUUUACCUGAGACUUUUAUAGUGGACAAUGUUUAUAGUGCAGGCUAUUUGCUAUAUAUAUAUAAGUUUGAGAAGGGGGAGAUGGAAGAAAUUACAAAAAGCUAAUAGAAUAAGAUGCACUUCUCUUGAAAAGCAUUUUCAUCCUCCAAAAUAGUGUUAUGGACAAGAUUUUAUUAUCACCAAAAUUGUUAGUCUUUCAGAAAAAGAAAGUUGUGUUCAGUCUUAUAUUCUUGUUACAGUUUUCCUGUCAUUUUAAAGUAAUUGGUCAGGCAUCAUUGUUUUAAAACACUUUAAAUUUGAUGUCCCAUAAUUGAUAUAUUUGUAUCUAAUUUGAUGUCAGAUAUUUGUCAAAAUGGUUUAUUUCAAGAUUGAUCAAGAUCAAAGAGUUUUGCACAUGGAUCAUAGUUGUUGUGCACCCAAGAACAUAAGAUUUCAUUUCACUUAAUUUCAUUUAAAUUGAAAGGAUCAUAGAAAAAUGAAAAAUAGCAUAGACAGUUGAAUGAAAAAGUAUCUUAAAAUUGCAGUAUUAAGCUAAGCGAUGAUCUUUCUACCUGACAGGAUGUGGUGAAUAUAACUGAAUUUUUUUUUAAAGCAAGAGAUUAAUAGUUAAAUAUAGAAAAUUAUAUAAACCAUGAAUCAGCAAGAAAGCAGAAAAUGUGAAAACAGGAACAAAAUACCAUGACAGCUGUUAAUGUGUGCCAGUAAUUUUGUUAAUUUUUGGGAGUUUUUUUCCCCUCUUCCUGUCCUUUAAGCUACUCCUGUAUUUUAUGUAGCAAAAAGCAAGAAAUAAUCUUAGCAGCUCUGAUCAAUGUUUAUUAGCUGUGAUCUCAUGUAAAAAUAAUGUUUAAUACAAGUACAGUGUCAUGUGAGGAUGUAUUUUGCUGUUAAUUUUUUUAGUUGGGGGAUGGGGUGGGGGUGGGGGUUUAUUUGCACUUUUGCUAUCAUUCCACUUGUUCGCACCAUUUUUAGUUUUGAAUUUGUUGGUGAUAAGUCAUGUUGUGAAAGUAUCUUCUCUUUAAUGCAGAGUGGACAAUGAUUGCAAUGUUAACCAUGUUUUCAUGGUGUUCAUUUGAUUGUAUGGUAUUAAACCAUUCUCUGGUGAAACGAGUAAAGGCUAUAUCCCCAGUAAAGGUAUGUGCAUAUUGGGAGGAUAGCCUUAAAAAUUAAAACUAUUCCUAAAGCACUGGGGAAGUAAUAAAAUUCAAAGCAUGCUAGCAAUGAUGACAGAAUUACAUAUAGGAGAAUAUGCUGGCAUUUUUUUGUUGGUUUUUUUUUUUUGUUUUGUUUUGGGUUUUUUUUUUUUACUUUUUUUUUUUUGUUAGUGGGGGAGGGGUUUGACAUGAACAAGUCAAGCUCUUGUAGCUGGAUUUGCAAGAGGCUAAGUAAAACAAAGUCCAUUAUAAAACUAGAAUAAAUGUCUUAUACUGAAAGAAUCUGCACACAUUGAUCACUUUCUAUAGAACACUUUGCAAAUCUGUUGACACAACACCUUUGAAAAGAGUGAUUGUCAAAAAGUUUAAUUAUGUCCAGCUAGGCAAUCAGAGGGUAGAACCAAGUUUGACCCUAAUAGUUCCAGUUGUAAGUAUUUAGAAUCAUUGCUUAAAGAACGUCCUUUUUCAACAGCACACGAACUAAAUUUUGCCUUUUGUAAAGAUGCAAUGUUUGUGUAAAAUGCCAGCACUUGUAAUCAAGUAAACCAUUAUUCUAACUCAAUUCUCAUGCUGCUACUACUUCAUUUCCAGAUACAUGUCAUAGAGCGUUAGCCAUUUUAAAAGUAUCUGCACUCCUCCAAAUAUUGUUUUCUGUGAUCCAAGUCCCAAUAAUUGUGGGAAUAUUAAAAUCUAUAUAGCAUUGUCAGUUUUAUUUUAAGACUAUAUCAGCCCCUCACAUGUUUUAUUUGUAAAAGUCUAAUCAAAAAUGAAAAUUACACAGUCGCUGUAGUACCUCAUAUGCACCAGUAUUAGUACUAAUUAGUAAAAACUAAGGCUCAAAUAAAAAUGCUGAAUAUUUG